AUGGCUAGCAGAGAACUCGCGUUAUCGUUAAUCUCCAAUUAUUUACAAAAGGAUGCAGAAUUGGCUAAAGUUUCCAAGGCAUUGGCCAAAGAGGUUACGAAACAAUCUAUUGAUUUACCAACUACCGAACUUAAUUUAGAAGACCUAAUAGUUCAGGCCGGAGAAACCAAGGAAGAAAGUAGCAGUGCAUCAUCUUCUGACAGCGACUCCAGCUCCUCGUCUUCAGAUAGUGACUCAGACUCAUCAUCAGACGAAGACGAGUCAUCCAAAGAGGGUGCAACUAACACCGAGAGUGCUCCAAUAGCGUCUGGCAAAUCAGACAGCGAUAGUUCGGACAAUGAUAGUUCUGAUAGUAACAGCUCGGACAGUGACAACUCGGACAAUGACAGCUCGGGCAGUGAUAGCUCAGAUAGUGAUAGCUCAGAUAGUGAUAGCUCAGACUCAGACUCAAACUCAAAAUCUAAAUCAGACUCAGAUAGUUCAGACUCAGACUCAGACUCAGAUAGUUCAGACUCAGACCCAGACUCAGACUCAGACUCAGACUCAGACUCAGACUCAGACUCAGACUCAGACUCAGACUCAGACUCAAAAUCAAAAUCAAAAUCAAAAUCAGACAGCUCAGACAGUUCAGACAGUUCAGACAGCUCAGACUCAGACUCAGACUCAGAAUCGGAUCUUAAAUCAUCUAAGAAGAGAUCAUCUGACGAAAAAGGACAUUCACAUAAGAAGCAAAAGCUCGAAACUUCGUCGUCUCAAACCGAAUCCUUCUCCCCCUCCCCAGUGUCUGAUGAAAUUAUAAGUGCUUCCCAGGAACCUGAAUUGAAACAGGGCCAAAGAAACCAUUUUUCCAGAAUUGACCGUAGUAAGAUUUCUUUCGAAGAUAGAACUUUAGCCGAUAACACUUACAAAGGUGCAGCAGGAAGUUGGGGUGAAAUUGCCAAUGAAAAGUUAUUACAAGUCAGGGGUAAGGACUUCACCAAAAAUAAAAAUAAGAUGAAGAAGGGCUCAUACAAAGGUGGCUCAAUAACCUUUGCAUCUGGUUCCUACAAAUUCACCGAUUGA